GGCGGCAGGGAGGCGCCGGCAGCUGACGGUGGUGGUGGAGCGAGGAGCGAGGAGCGCGGAGCGCGGGCACCGGCAACGGAGACGACGAGCAGCACCCGGACACCGGGAGCGGUCUGGGCUGUCCUCCCUCCCUCCCGCCCGCUGCCCAGCGGAACAGUUUGCCGCAGCUUGAACCUUUAUGAACCACUUCUGAUUGAUCUACACAUUAUAACUCCAAUCCCUGCACAAUGUGCCAUCGUUAUAGCUGCUUUUAUAGUCAGGAAACGGCACUUUUGCAACAUGUUGAAGAAAAUCCGGAUGCAAAUUUUCCCUGAGGUGUGGCAAAAUGUACGUGAAACAGAAUGAGAUAAAUGGAAAUGUGGACAUUUCUGUUCCCUUGGUUGUCUGUGGAUUAAGCUACAUAAAUCGAUUUCCAAAUCGGAAUUGUCUUGAGGAAAUCUUCAAAAAAGAGUCCAACUAUAUUAGAAACCAAUCCAUCUAUCAGUUGUAAAGCACUGGAUGUGGAUGAGCCCAAUGUUGCCGGCCCAGUGGGCUACAUGGAGGACGUUAUUUUAGACGGGCAGCACAUUUUAAACAGUGCUGAUUCAAUGGAGGAUGAGCAGCAAGAUGCUCUGCCAAGAGAAAGAUCGAGUGCACUGAAGGAGGAAGGAAGCAAUGAUAUAUGGAGUGACUUUGCAAGUUACUACAAAACUCCUCAUCUCCAACAGCAAGAUGUUGGUUCCUUUUGUGGGUUGCCAGCGACGGAAAAGAAUGAUUCGAUAAAAAGGAGCUCCCCGCCGCAGAGUUUCAAAGUUCGCAAUGGCAGCCUGAAGAACCAUCAUCACGUCCUGGCACAGCUCCACAAUUCCGAUACAAGUUAUGAAUGUGACGAUGAAUCCAAGCUCUCUGUAUCUGUGGCCAGUGCUGGCAAGCAGCAGGACACCGUUUCACAAUUGGACAUUUCUGGGCACGUGGAGAAGAAUGACCCAGGCCAAUCUGCAGACAAGUGGACAGCACAGGUGUAUCAUGACCAGUCAAUGGACGGCACUUUGCAGACUGACCAUGAAACUGAACGCUCAGACUUUGGUGCCGGUGCCAUUAUAUUCACUGCUACUGCAUCGCUUUUGCAAAUCCAGGAGAUUCUCACUGCGAAUUCAGCUUUGACGACUGAUUCAUGGAAUCUCGUGGAAAACAUUUUCCAGAAGUCUUUCCCCUCUGAACCUGUGAAGCAUGACCUUGAAGACUUCCCAGAGCUGGAGCAUUCACUUGAGAAACAUGGAGAAAAAAGUGAUCCAAAUAAAGCAAUGUCAUUAUUAAGUUAUGAAUUUGCAAAUGCUUGGGGAGAGCUUCAUGAUCUUAAUAAAGUGGCCUUGAGAUUUUCCUGGAACGUAUCAAGUACUCGUGUGAAGCUGUUAUCCAUACUGGGAAUUGACCAAAACCACAAGGAUGAUGGACGAGCUGAUCGAGAGGAUGACUUGGCCUAUUCAGACCUGGAGAAGACAGGAGUAUUACCAGGAGUUGCUGCCUUAUCCGACCAUGGCCCCAAGGCCCUGAUCCAGACCAGGAUCUCCAUAAUGCCGUCGCAAAGAACCGGCCACGGAUUGAGUCAGCGGCUGGAGAAGAUGAUUGUGCAGUGGAUGCAGAUUAACGGGAGCAGAGCCCAAAAAACACAGAGAAUCAAAAAGCCUUUGUGGUUUAUGUAAUCAAUAUUAAAAACCAAUGUGUUUGUGGCUUUUUCUCAUUUUAUUUCAGAUGUUUAUUUACAUUUUUAACUUCUUCCCUAUUGACCAUUUCAAAGUAAAUUUUGGAAUCUAGCUAUAUAGCGCAUGUUUUAGUGCAAAUAUAAUUUAACAGAUUCUCUAUAAUUAUAUUUAAUAUUUUUAAAACUGUGUCAUUCUCAGGAUGUGGUGAGACGACAUGGUUGUGAAAGAUGCGGCAAUGUAUGUUACUACUGACUGACCCACCUGCUCUCUCUUCUGAGGGCAGGUAAUGGUCGACAACAUGAUUGUGGGACCAGGCUGCACAUUGACACUAUCUUGCACCCUAAUCCUAACCUCACUAUCCCCACCUUCAAAUCAUUCUUUAGCAUAUUAAGGGUGUAAGUAUUAGGUGAUAAUGCAUCUAUUUAAAGUGCCUCUCCGAAAGCAAUCAAAUGUAAAUUGUUCUGUGUUCUCCUGCCCUUGGUGAAGACAUAUAAAUCGAUAGUUCAGUGCCCAACUUUAGUUAAGACUUAUUUCCGUGUUUUUAAAAACUGAAUUCAAAUUGUACAUUUUCUUGAUGGGAUUUGAACCCCAGUUUGCUGCGUUUUUCAAUUUGCCUUCUGUAUAUCUAGUCCAAUGAUGUAACUGCACUACUGAACCACUUGUAGUUUGGGGCUUGUGUUGAUGAGUGACCCUACAGUGUCACCGAGCAGACCGGCCACUUGUUUCAAUAUUGUGCGACUGACUCUCAUGGCCAAUACCAGGGGGCCACAGUUUAUGAAUAAGGACCGAGAUGAGGAAAAACGUCUUCACCCAGAGAGUUGUGAAUCUGUGGAAUUCUCUGCCUCAGAAGGCAGUGGGGGCCAAUUCUCUGGAUGCUUUCAAGAGAGAGUUAGAUAGAGCUCUUAAGUCUUAAGCGGAGUCAAGGGAUAUGGGGAGAAGGCAGGAACGGGGUACUGAUUGUGGAUGAUCAGCCGUGAUCGCAGUGAAUGGUGGUGCUGGCUCGAAGGGCCGAAUGGCCUACUCCUGCACCUAUUGUCUAUCAAUGCAUAAAGUUUUAGUUGGGUAUCAAUACAAAACUGGCAGUAUAAAUCUGGAGAAUGCCAACCGCAUGCCUGAGGUUUUUGGUUCCAUGUGAAGUCUGUCGGGGUACAGGGACUGCAAGUUGUUGGAGGUUCAUGUUGAUUAUGUUUGCAAUGUGAUAAAUUCCAGCCUUAAUGAAUUAAAGUGAACUUUAUUCUGUUAUUGGUCUCAUAUUUGUACCUCCUACAUGAAAGGAUUUCAAAUAGUGAACAUGUUUUAUUUGUACUGAUAUUGUGGAAUGGAAUGGCGGUCGAGUGAUAUCAUGGGGGCAACAGCAACAUGUCUGGUUGGCUUUUGUGUGGAUUGUUGAAUGGCAGAGAAUUUCUUGACUGAUGUGAAGAACAUUUCCAUUGAUGCGAUGUUCGCACAAGAUGAUUAAUUUCCUGUGAUUUUGUUAUGAACAUAGAUCAUGAUGGUGAAAAUUUGAUUCCAGCUGCAGUGAUUUUUUUAAUUCCACUUUGAUGUCACUUCAGCUACCUGUCUAUUGUUUGCCCCCCUCACAGUGAAAUAUUGUUUCUCAACUAGAAAUUCAAUAAAGACUUUAUUUUUAAA